AUGCCUGAGUCAGUGGCACUAACACUCCACUUCCGCGGGUCCGGCACACCUGUGUCCUAUGUUCCUAAGCCUGUGUCCUAUGUUCCUAAGCCUGUGUCCUAUGUUCCUACGCCUGUGUCCUAUGUUCCUAAACCCGUGUCCUAUGUUCCUAAGCCCGUGUCCUAUGUUCCUAUGCCCGUGUCCUAUGUUCCUAAGCCCGUGUCCUAUGUUCCUACACCUGUGUCCUAUGUUCCUAAGCCUGUGUCCUAUGUUCCUAAACCUGUGUCCUAUGUUCCUAAACCUGUGUCCUAUGUUCCUACGCCUGUGUCCUAUGUUCCUACGCCUGUGUCCUAUGUUCCUAAGCCUGUGUCCUAUGUUCCUAAGCCUGUGUCCUGUGUUCCUAAACCUGUGUCCUAUGUUCCUAAGCCUGUGUCCUAUGUUCCUAAACCUGUGUCCUGUGUUCCUAAACCUGUGUCCUGUGUUCCUAAGCCUGUGUCCUGUGUUCCUAAGCCUGUGUCCUAUGUUCCUAAGCCUGUGUCCUAUGUUCCUAAACCUGUGUCCUAUGUUCCUACGCCUGUGUCCUAUGUUCUUAAACCUGUGUCCUAUGUUCCUACGCCUGUGUCCUAUGUUCUUAAACCUGUGUCCUAUGUUCCUACGCCUGUGUCCUAUGUUCCUAAGCUGUGUCCUAUGUUCCUACACCUGUGUCCUAUGUUCCUAAGCCUGUGUCCUAUGUUCCUACUGCCUGUGUCCUAUGUUCCUACGCCUGUGUCCUAUGUUCCUAAGCCUGUGUCCUAUGUUCCUACGCCUGUGUCCUAUGUUCCUACGCCUGUGUCCUAUGUUCCUAAGCCUGUGUCCUAUGUUCUUACGCCUGUGUCCUAUGUUCCUAAGCCUAUGUCCUAUGUUCCUAAGCCUGUGUCCUAUGUUCCUAAGCCUAUGUCCUAUGUUCCUAAGCCUGUGUCCUAUGUUCCUAAGUGUGUCAUAACACAGGCACAGCAGACCUUUUGA